UGACAUGAGCAAGGGAGGGGCUGCUGCAAAAACACACUGAUAGAAUGAAUGCAAAGAGCCAAAAGAACACUUCCUGUUGAUGCAAAAUUGCAGCAGCAACUGUCUGACACAUCUGGACUGGAGAGGGGGGGAGGCCUGGCUGUAGAGUUAGCGAGCGGCAGAGGGGAAUGGACGACGUUCAAUGUUAAUUUGCAAAGAGGCAGCCGACAAACUGGAGAAACAUAUCCAAGAAAUGGACGACGGCAGCUACAUCGAGUUCGAUGUGCCGGAGUUCAGCAACAAUGUCCUGACCCAGCUCAACGAGCUGCGGCUGCAAGGGAAGCUGUGUGACAUCAUCGUUCACAUUCAGGGCCAGCCGUUUCGAGCCCACAAGGCUGUGCUGGCAGCUAGUUCACCCUACUUUCGUGACCACACUGCCCUCAGCACCAUGAGUGGCCUUUCCAUCUCAGUCAUUAAAAACCCUGAGGUGUUUGAGCAGCUUCUUGCUUUUUGCUACACAGGUCAUAUGUCCCUGCAGCUCAAGGAUAUCAUCAGUUUCCUCACAGCUGCCAGCUUUCUGCAGAUGCAGACCAUCAUUGACAAGUGUACCCAAAUCUUGGAGAGCAUCCAUUCCAAGAUCAGUAUCCCAGUUACUGUCUGCAGCCCAGGGAAGGAUGACUCGCUGGUCAGCCACAAUGGAGUCAAUGACAGCAACCUCUUUGUGAACCCUACCCAGAUCUCCCCCCCUUACUACUCACGCCAGAGUCAGGCAGCACAUGAAGCACGCUUUGAGCUGGCGGGUAAAGUCCUGGGCCGGCGGCGUCAUCUGCAGGAGGAAGGCCAGUCAGACCGAGGAAGCAGUGAUGGCGUCUCGGAGCAUGACGCUCCCAUGGAGGGAGAAAUGGAGCAGGUGGAACUGAUUGGCAAAGAUGGGCAGGUAACAGAUGUGCAAGUGAAGAUAGAGAAGACGGACAGGCCCACCUACUCAGAUAGUUCCUCAGCUGGUGAUGAUGGCUACCACACCGAGCUGGUCGAUGGAGAACAGGUAGUUGCUGUUAGUGUGGGUUCUUACGGUCCCGUCAUCCAGUCUGCUACCUAUUCUUACUCAGGGCUGACCUCCCCGUGCUUUGUCAACCUUAGCAGUUCCAGUCCUUCCCGCUCCAUCCUCAGUGGCUAUAGAGGUGGGCGAGCCAGGGCAAAGCGCCCCCUGGCCAUCCCAGCAUCAGUGCUGAGUCACAUCAAACCAGUCUCUGAAGACGGUGAAUCAGCAGUGGGAGCCCCAGGGUUGGAGAACGAUGUGCGAGAGCGAAGCCUGCGGAGCCAGUGGUAUCCCUUCAAUGAAAGACUUAUUUGCAUCUACUGUGGAAAGACCUUCAAUCAGAAGGGGAGCCUGGAUCGCCACAUGCGUCUGCACAUGGGAAUCACCCCGUUUGUUUGCAAGUUCUGUGGCAAGAAGUACACUAGGAAAGACCAGCUGGAGUACCACAUCCGUGGCCACACGGACAACAAGCCUUUCCACUGUCAGAUCUGUGGCAAAUGCUUCCCGUUUCAGGGCACCCUUAACCAGCACCUGAGGAAGAAGCACAUGAGAGCGUCAGACGGCAGUAAUAACAUGGACUCUCCAGAGAGGACGAAGGGAAGCUCAGGUCAGAAGGACCAAGAGGAUACAUCUGAGGGGCUGGCCUUUGAGGCUCAGUAUGCAGAAGAGGCACCAGCCAAUGAUAUGGAGGAGAGUUCAAAAUGCAGUCCAGAGGAGGCGCAAGCAUCAAGAUGUGAUUUUUAGGUCCUGCUUCAGGUUAAGGAAGCUUUAAAAAAUGUUUAUUUUAACUCAACUUAAAGGACUUUUUUUCUUUUUGAAUCAGCUCCCUCCACUAUAGACAUUUCUUCAAGGGUUUCUGUCAAUUUUGUGAAAGUUAGAUGUUGAAUGCAGAGAGAAAAUGGGUGCUUUCUAGAAAUUUGAUUCUUUCAAGCAAAGGGAGUAACAACUUACUAUUUUUGAGGAGGUCCUAAUAAUCAAGACCCCCUGCUUGAUUUCUCUUUUUAUCUCUUCAUGUUUUUUUAAAACAUAUUUACAGAGUUAUAUAGGCAUGUUGCAAUAAUUGAUAAUGUGAAAGCUCUGGUAAGAUGCUAGUCAUAUCACCUUUUUACCUGACCUGUUUUUGCACAUGUGGCCACAGGAGGUCACUUACUCACAAGGAAUGAUUUUUCUGCCAGUGCAAAGCUUCGUGUGACAUAUCCGUUCAAUACCUCAUGAUGCAACUACAUACUCAUAAUAGACAGUAUUUUAUCUUAAAUGAAACUCACCAGGUUCUACCUCAUAGCCAAGAACCUACCAGGCACAGAAGUGUUCACCGUUUGAAUCCGUUUUAGGUUGUUUGUACAGUAUCUUAUUGCCAAACCAUGUAAAGUUUAUGCUCUCAACACAAAGCCUUGAUACUAAGGGGAAAUAUUCCUUGCUGAUUGUAUGGAUUAGGGACAAAGUCCUUGUCAAAUGUUUUAUGGUCAGCCAGGUUAAAAUAUAGAUUAAGAAGGUGCUAUGUUAGGAGUGCAUUAAAUUUGCUCGCUUUCCUUUAUGUUUGUUUUUCUGGAGAGAAUAGAGUGAGAAAAUGGCCCUGUAUACUCACAAGAUAACAAUUGUACUGUUGAAGAACGUUUUGUUCUCAAACACUUGUAUCUCUCAUCACUACUGGAGAUCUCACGCUGUUAGCCAAUGUGUGGUUUAAGAUGCUGUCAUCCAUGUGAUGGGUGUAUUUCGUCCAUACAGUGAAGUCAUUUGUAUUCCUCUAUGCUCUGAUUGCCAACUUUUACUGAAUAAUCGUACGUGUAAGUCGUUUCUUUUGUCCUGAGGGAGGUUUUUAGGUUAAUAUAAAGCGUCUAACAGAGACAAGAGAACUCAUUGAAACUCAGCACAGCAGGAACAGCCUCAGAUCUGUUCACACAAAUCUAUUUAGGAUACAAGUCUGAAAAAUAUGCAAACAGAAAGAACAAAGGAAUCUCAGCCAUUCUGACAUGGUUUUUCUUCCAUCAUUUGAAAGAGGUUUUGGUUUGUUUCUUUUUCGUUCAUUCUGUCCUACCCUUUAUGACGGGACAUUUGAUCCGUGAUCUUUGACCUCCGUGUCGUUGGAGGGUCAGAUGCAGACGUGAAACAUGUUUCCCUCAUUAGUCAGUCCUACGUUGUGGUAUUGACCAGGACAUGUUAUAGCUGGAUUAAGGCUAAGGUAAAUGUUGUUCGUAGUAGCUGGCGAUCCAAAGUAUUGAUGCACUUUGCAGAGUUAGUGGUUAGGAUCUUGGGUGCUGACCCGUUGAAUAAAAUGUGCUGAUUUGUGUCUUAAUUCUGGUGCAGCAGCAGCACUGUCAGACUUUGACUUGCUUUAUAGCAUUAAUUUUCCUUCUGAGUAAAAAUAAUAUGAACUUUGAUGAAACUCUGCAACCACAUGAAUACUAUUGUCUACGAGCCCUGCAUAUGGCAACAUCAUUUAAUCUUUACUGUUUGAACCAUAGGGAUCAGGGAUGGGGGUGUUGCUAGUAUAUAUAGAGACUUGGUUUUAUUUCCAUUGUGAUUUUCACGGUAAUACAUGACAGCCUGAUUGGCUAUCCUGUCAUUUAUAGCUCACUUCAAGCUCGGCUUGAAAGGACCCUUUCUUACAAAUCAGCUUUGUAAUUGUUUUUCAGUAGAGCACCUGCUAUAAGCUUUUAAUUUGUCUCACCUGGUCCAUGCUGAUUUUUUGUCAACGAAUUUAGUUUGAUUAUUUCACAGUUUUCAUAUAAUUUUCUACUUUUUGUGCAUUUGGCGGGAGAACAUAAUUCCUUGUUGCUUAUUUCUAAGGUUGCAUCAAGAUGGCCGUCUUUCUAUUCCACUGAAUGUGCGGUCAACAUCUUCUCUCAUUGACGGUUAAGAUAGCAAACCAAACUUUAGGGGAUUUUUUGCAAAGAUCAGUAUAGCUAGCUUUUCGUUAUCUUUGUAGGCAAGGAUUUAUCACCAACAGUUUUGUUGCCACAACCACACAGUCGAUCGACCUCUUCAGUAACUUUUUAGAUGAAUGUUUACUAAGUCAUGUUCAUUUCUGUCAGCUGAUGAUGUGAUGUGCUGGUUUAACAGCUGAUCUGACCUCAACAAAAUCAGUUGCGAGCUCAUUUGGAUCUGACUAUGAUGCCCUACACCUAGAGACAGAGGAGGGGAAAGCAUAACACCUUUUUUUUUUUGCAUUAUUAUCAAUAAUGUUGGGUACAAACUGCUACUUCAAUUUUGUGCCAAGAGUUCACACCAAAGACUCAUGGGUGAUUUUUAACAGUAGAUACUGACUGUAUUGAAUGCUCAUCAAGAUUAGGUUCCUAAUUAAAUGUAGGACUUAGUUCAUUGCUAUUUUCAAGGAAUGUAUGCUUCCCAGCUAGUAACAAUCACUUGUAUAAAAUUUGAACAACUUGCUUAGAAGAUAUUAAGCCGUAAAGUCAUGAAUAGCAUCAUAUAUUAAGCCAUACAAAAACUGACAAUGUAGAAGUUGUGCAAUAGGUAUUGUAAUUGUUAAAAGCCAAUGUAAUCAAAAAAAGAGAAACUUCACAAAAGGUGGCAUCUUUAACUUAGUGCCUUGCCACAAGCUUUAUAUCUAGAAUCCGGCACUUAGAUUCCUGUGCCUCUUUCUUUUUUAUUGGAUUGAAUAUAGAGGUUUUAAUAACAAAAUAUGGCCACAUGAUUUGUUGUAAAGUGAUGCCAAGAAUGAUUAGAAAUUAAGUCAUGUUGUACUUGUCCGUUUGUAGUUUUUCUAGCUCAAGUCCUGCCCCCUCCAUGCUUCUUACCAUUUGAUUAGUUGUUCUGUUACGGGACACACAAUUGGUUUAGUGUUUUAACCACUUUUGUAGCAAGUGAUCACAAUCAGAUGAGGCAGACUUGUUCCCUGAAAGCCAUUGCCCAGUGUUCAGAGACUAUACUGUAUCCCUCCUCUCUAACUACUGAGGACAAUCUUAGCAAUGUAUUGUAGUUUUACGCAUUUCAGAGAAAAGGGGAUGCAUGAGAAACACAAGCCUGCAGCUCCUCUCUGUUCUCUUAGAGCUUCAGGAGAGGGAACAGCUGCGUGGGUUUUUAGCAGAAAAGAAACUAAAGAUUUGUGGAGAGAGAAAAAAAAAGAAGCUUAUCCUCAUAUACUGUAGCUUAAUUGCACGUUGCUCAACCACAAAAUUGUAUAAAAUUGCCAACAGAUCAUUUUUCAACUUGAGUUUUCAUGUAUUUGUGUCAUCAAUUGUGCACUUACAACUUUUCAUUGAUAGUUGAACCAAUUCCAUCCAGGAAAUGUAGUUGAUAUCAGUUGUUACCCUUAAGGGACUCUGCUAUAAUGGCCUCCAUCACUUUGUUAGGGACCUUUUUUUCCCCUUAAAUGGUGCUUUUAGAUUAGUCCGAUUUUUUUUUUAACAAUUGAGUUAACAAGUCCAUGUAAUCAUCAUCGCUGAAUGGAGGGGGAAUUCUUGAAAUGCUUCUCAUGUACUAUAGUUACAUAUGUGAUAGUACACAAUUACAGAACCAACUGAACUUGACACACACACACACACACACUCACAUUGACUCUUUGUCAACUCUUAGUUCCACACCUCAGAGAGGAACAGGAGAUGCAUUGUGGGCCACAAGUAAUCAAAAGGAAGUGUUUACAGGGAAGGCUGUCAGACUACUUUUUGAAAUUGCAGCUCGUCCUAUUCUUUUUAUAAUAAACUCACUUCAGGUAGUUUACAAACACUGAUACAGGCUUAGAAAAAUCUUAAGUCUUCCAUAGCUUUUUUGUCAGUUUCUGUCCACUGUGUAUUAUAAAAAAGCAAUAACCUUUUUAAAAGUGGUGUAUUGGGAUCAUCAAGCCUAUUGAAAUAUCGGCCUGUCGUACAUCAAACAAACUGAAUGUCAGGGAGCUAUUGAAUUGAAGUAAGACCAAGACAAUUUGAUAUUGAUUUUUUUAUAUUUUCUGAAACUUUGGACAGGUCGACUUCCUCUUCAGAAAAUUACACUCAAAAGAACAACCGUUGUUGCUAGUGUUUUAAAAGCUCAUCAAAAACCAGUGGUUUCAGCAAACUGCAACACAAGAACUGAGCGUGUGGUUCAGUCAUCCAACUCAGUGGCACUGUUCAGAGCUGCACCUCCAGCUGUGUCAAAGAAUGAAAGGGAUUUUGGGCUGUUGAGCCACUGUUUGGGAGCGGGUAAUUUGCCGUCAUGUUGAGGUUCAAGGUUCUACUUAAGCUCCUCGGGCACCGAGAUUGUAGUUGUAGUUGUUCAGGAUCAAAGGGGAAGUUUUCAGUCUUACUGUUGUUUCUUUUCCUUUCACAACUCCCUGAACUCUGCACUUUAACGUCUCUGGCUCGUAUGUAUUUGGUGACAAGGCAAAAAAACUUAGAACUCAGGGUAUAUAGUGUUAAAAGUGGUCUCAUUGGACGUAAAACUUAUGUCCAUAGUAUAAUUGUGCACUUCUCUUCAGGUGGGGAAACAAGUCCUCAGUCAGUGGUUCCCAAACAUUCUGCCUCAAGGUCUCAAUGAGCCCAUAUUUUCCACAGAGCUGAAGCUCGAGGAGCAUCAGAGAACCUGAACCGAAACCAUGACGGCAGAAAUGCCCCUACUCCUGUUUAUGUCCACUCUACACACAACCUCACAACCCAACUGUGAACCUCAGAACUCUACUGUUUUGUACAACUAUGAAGUAAAUGAAGCUAGCUAGAGCUGAUGUUGUAUCUAUUGCCAUUUAUGAAUUUAUUUUAUAGCAUGAAAUAAAAUAUAUUUAUUCAAAUUAUAUAUUUUACUCAUAAUCAUUCUGUGCUGCUUCAUUUUGGUUCUUAAGCUUGUAAAUUGCUUUUUUAUUAUAUGAAAAAAGUCAUUAGAAAAAUGCGUUUAUAAAAUAAAGACGCUGAUUUGGC